GAGAAACUGAUUGCAAGCUCUUCUCUGUGACCAAUCAAAUCGCCCUCUCCUUCCUGUACCGAAUCACCAGCUCUAAACUGUACACUCUACAGAGUACAGACCACAGCUUACUGGUUCGUACAACUGAUGGGUGAUAAGAUUAUGCUGGAACCCAGAUAGCCUUCUCCGUUCUUUUCUUCCCAUGCUCUGUUUUUACCACAACUACAAGUAAACCUCCAAAAGAAGAAGAAGAAGAAAACAAGCAACUAUGGCGAACCAGACCCCUUCCUUCAUCAAGGUUUUGGUUGGAUGUUUCUCCAAGAAGCUGAGGAUUCCAGAUUCAUUCGUCUACGAAUUCGGCGACGAUUUGUACGGGAAAUUAGUUCUCAAACCCAACAUUGGGAAUCCUGCCAUUGUUUCUGUGGAAUGGGGAAGCAGGGGAUGCUUCUUCGAAACCGGAUGGCCGUCGUUCGUCAAGGAUCAUCAACUACAAGAAGGCGACUAUCUGGUUUUCAACUUCAUUGGGAGCAAAAUCGUGGAUGUCGUCAUUUACAACCCAACUGGCUGCGUCAAGAGAUCAGCUGAAGUCCAAACCAGCGAGCAUCGUCCAAGCUCUGAAAGGAAUCAUGAAACAGAGCCAUCCCUUGAAAACGCUAGAAACGGCAAGGGAAACGAGGGGAGGAGAGAAGUUGAAACGAGGAGGUCUUGCCGAAGAAACUCUGGAAGGAAUCUCGAAACAGAGCAACUCUCCAAAACCAGAGAAGAGUCGGAAGAAGGGUAUUCUUCUGGCAACGAUUCUCGAGGUUUAGCUGCUUGCUUCCAAGUGGAUUACAAGAAGUACAUGACAUAUUUUGUGUGCAUUCCAUGGACAUUUUCCGAAACCACGAGUCUGGCAAUGAAGAAAACAGCACAACUUCAAGAUCCAAGCGGGAAAGUGUGGCCAGUUACUGUAAUCUCAGGAAGGCAGGGCCCUUAUCAACGGUUCACUGGUGGCUGGCCUGCCUUUGCUGGUGCUAAUGGCUUGGCUCCUGGGGACAGAAUCGAGUUCAAUUACAAGCCGGAAUUGGGUUUGAUCCAGGUGAAGAUUCACAAGCCAAAGAACAAUACUUGCAACGAUUCUGAAGGUGGGAAGCGGCCAUGGAAGAGAGUGGGUUUGAAAGGGAAGCGAGGAGCUCCAUUAAUGAAGGCAGAGUCCAGCAAACUGAGAAAAGGCCAUUCUUCUGUCAACAACGUUCCUCCAGGAUUGGCUGAUUCCUUCGAAAUGGUUUACAAGAAGCACAAUGAACGUUGUAAUUUUGUGUGCAUGCCGGUGAGAUUUUCUGAAACCACGAAGCUGUCACUGAAGGAAACUGCACAACUUCAGGACUCAAGUGGGAAAGUGUGGGCAGUUCGUGUAAUCUCAGGAGGGAAGGGCCUUCAGAAACGAUUCAGUGGUGGCUGGCAGGCCUUGGCGGCUGCUAAUGGCGUGGCGAUUGGAGACAGAAUCGAGUUCAGUUACAGGCCUAAAUCGGGUUUGGUCCUGGUGAAGAUUCACAAGACAGAUGAACAAUUCUUGUAAGGAUUCCUGAAGUUCGAAAGCGGCCACGAAAAGAAACUUCUUGCUAUGACUGAUGUUUGGAACUUCUGGUAUAGCCACUGGAAUCGUGCAUAGUGCGUUUCCUCUGCUUAUGAUAUCAAAAUUGGGGAUUCUCUGGGCUCCCAUUACGUUGUGUUGGGGGGUUCUUGAGCUCCUCUCUUUUGGGUUUUCUGAAUGUAAUGGGGAAAUGUUGGACUUUGCUACGAUUUCCUUAAUCUUGUGACUGUGCAGGAUGAACCAAUCCCAUCUUGGGCUAUGGUUCAAAGCCAGGAAGUGAAGUUCAAACCAACAUGCCUUACCAAAGCUCAGAAAGGAAAGCAGUUCUCCAAAACCAGAAAAAGGCGGUAGGCCUCUGUUUCCCAAAACAGAGCAAUCUUGCUUGGCUCUUUAUCAUUUUUUUACUCUACUUGCUAAUCCAAAAUCUGCUCUGGCUAGCUUAGAGC